AUGAUGGCGUUUGCUAUGCUGGCCACGGCGAGCAAUGGCCAGCCGCUGGUUCCUCACUUCUACGACAAGGUGUGUCCGGCGGCGCUUCCAGCCAUCAAGAAGGUCGUCGAGGAGGCUGUCGCGGCGGAGCCGCGCAUGGGCGCCUCGCUCCUGCGCCUGCACUUCCAUGACUGCUUCGUCAACGGGUGCGACGGGUCCAUCCUGCUGGACGACACGCCCUUCUUCACCGGCGAGAAGAACGCCGCGCCCAACGCCAACUCCGUCCGAGGCUUCGAAGUGAUCGACCGCAUCAAGGACGCCGUCGACGCCGCGUGCAAGGGAAACGUGGUGUCCUGCGCCGACGUCGUGGCCGUCGCAGCGCGAGACUCCGUCGUCGCGCUGGGAGGGCCGUCGUACGAGGUGCCACUGGGCCGGAGGGACGGGCGAGCGGCUAGCCAGGCGGCGGCGAACAACAGCAUCCCGGCGCCGACCUUCGACCUCGGCCGCCUCGUCUCCAACUUCGCCGAGCACGGCCUCACCGCGCAGGACCUCGUCGUGCUGUCCGGCGCCCACACGCUGGGCUUCUCCCGCUGCACAAACUUCCGCGACCGCCUCUACAACGAGACCGCCACCCUGGACGCCUCCCUCGCCGCGCAACUCAGGUCACGCUGCCCGCGUGCCGACGGCGACGGCGACGACAACCUCGCGCCGCUCGACCCGACGCCCGCGCGGUUCGACGGCGGGUACUACGCCUCGCUGCUGCGCAGCGGGGGUGUGCUGCACUCGGACCACCAGCUGCUCGCCGGACCCACCGACGGGCUCGUCAGGCUCUACGGCGCCGACAACGAGGCCUUCAGGAGGGACUUCGCGGUGGCCAUGGUGAGGAUGGGCAGCCUGAGCCCGCUCACCGGCAUCAGUGGCGAGAUCCGCGCCAACUGCAGGAAAGUCAACUACUAG